CCAAGGGGGGCUUGUUUCCUGCGGCUGCGGCGACAGGUCAGACAGAGCUUCCCUUCCUCCCGCUAGCUCGGGACCGGGGCGGAUCCAUCCACCGGGCGGACCAUCUCUGAUCUCUCGCGGGCGCCAUGGCGGAGCACGCCGCCCCGGAGCUACCCAAGAGGUGCCACCACUGCGCAGGGCCUCUCUCCAAGGACAUGGAAACUAGCAGCUGGACCGUGACUCCAUUGGUUCGAGAUAGCUUCUCAAUGAUUGGUUCCGCUGUUGGGGGUACUGCAGGCGCGUUUUAUGCAUUUAAUCAUGCUAUGCCUGUUGUUCGGCGUUACAUAAAAGGGCCAAUGUGGAUACAUUUUCUUGUUGGUGCCCCUCCAGUUGUUGUAUUCUCUUCUGCGUGUGCUGGAUUAGCAGCUGGUACAAUACCAGCCGUUGCGCAACUGGUUUCGUCGUCCUGUCAUGCUGCCAUGUCAUCGCCCUCCUUUGCCCGCCCUGCUUCUCACGACGAUAUGCACAAGAGCAGAGGCUCCUCGCCAUUGUAAUUUACUGGUGCAACAGACCAACCACAGAAUUGUAGUGAUCUAAGAAAUCUGUGCCACCUUAUAACAGGGGAUGCUUUUGUAAAUGUUAAGAUGUUCAUGCAGAAUGAUGAUGACUGACAUGCGCUCCUUUCACUUCUAUUUUUUUGGUAUGUAUCUCUAUGUAUAGGUCAUGCCCUCGGUCUUGUGUUAUUUUUUUUUUUGUAUUAAAAUAAGUAUUGCGGUGUUGUGAAGCAACUUAAACUAGCCUGAGGUUCAGUUACUUUCUAUUGCAAAAUGCAAGCAUGCGUUGGUCUA